AUGGCUGACAACGGUGACAUCAACACUGUUCUCAGCAACUCGCUGUCGCCCGAUGCGGCGACACGCACCGGCGCCGAGCAGCAGCUCAACCAGGCUGCCGAGAACAACUUCCCCCUCUACCUAGCCACCCUCGUUCAAGCGUUAGCAGACAACAACAGUGACACCGGCAUCCGUGUCGCCGCCGGUCUUGCCCUCAAGAACGCCUUCACCGCCCGUGACUUCACACGCCAGCAAGAGCUGCAAGCAAAGUGGCUUCAACAAACAGACCAAGACACAAAGACCCGCGUCAAGACUCUCGCCCUUGAAACGCUCGGUGCCGAGAGCUCACAAGCAGGACAGGCCGCGGCUCAGGUCAUCGCUGCGAUCGCCGCCAUCGAGCUGCCGAGGGGUCAGUGGGAAGACCUUCUGACAACUCUUGUCGCAAAUGUCAACAGCACAGCUGCCCACACCAGGCAAGCGUCCCUGACAUGUAUCGGCUACAUCUGCGAGACCCAGGACGCCGAGCUCCGCGCGGCUCUGGUCAGCCAUUCAAACGCCAUCCUCACCGCCGUCGUCCAGGGUGCCCGCAAGGAGGAGACCAACGUUGAAGUACGGCUGUCCGCUAUCUCGGCCCUUGGCGACUCCCUCGAGUUUGUCGGCAGCAACUUCAAGCAUGAGGGCGAGCGCAACUACAUCAUGCAGGUCGUCUGUGAGGCCACACAGUCCGAGGACUCGCGUAUCCAACAGGGUGCUUUCGGCUGCCUCAACCGCAUCAUGGGCCUCUACUACGAGAACAUGCGUUUCUACAUGGAGAAGGCUCUCUUUGGUCUCACGAUUCUCGGCAUGAAGAACGAGGAUGAGGACGUUGCCAAGCUUGCUGUCGAGUUCUGGAGCACUGUCUGCGAGGAGGAGAUCAGCAUCGAGGACGACAACGCGCUUGUGGAGAGCUCUGAUCAGAUGCGCCCCUUCUACAACUUCGCGCGGGUCGCCACUAAUGAGGUCGUCCCGACCUUGCUCCUGCUCCUCACCAAGCAGGACGAGGACGCCACAGACGACGAGUACAACCUAGCGCGGGCCGCUUACCAGUCACUCCAGCUAUAUGCCCAGGCCGUUGGCCCGAACAUCAUUCCCCCCGUCAUUCAGUUUGUCGAGCAGCAUCUCCGGUCGGAAGACUGGCACUACAGGGAAGCUGCCGUCGCCGCCUUUGGUGCCAUCAUGGAGGGCCCUGAUGAGACAGUCCUCAAGCCCAUUGUGACACAGGCUCUUCCCAUCCUAAUCACCAUGAUGGAUGACAGCAAUGUGGUUGUCAAGGAUUCCACUGCCUACGCUCUUGGCAGGAUCACCGAGGCCUGCUCCGAGGCUAUCGACCCCGAGACUCACCUCGACCCCCUGAUCCGCGCUCUUUUCGCCGGUGUACACAACCCCAAGAUGGCCGCUUCGUGCUGCUGGGCUCUGAUGAACUUGGCUGAGCGUUUCUCUGGCGAUUUCGAGGCUGCCACUAACCCCUUGACUCCCCACUUCAACCAGAGUGUCCAGACUGUCCUCGAGGUCACUGGGCAGGCCGGAUCCGAGACCACUGUGCGGACCACUGCCUACGAGGUUCUCAGUGCUUUCGUCCAGCACGCCGCCCUUGACAGCUUCCCCGCCAUCGCCCAGCUUUCCGAUGUCAUCAUCAAGCGCCUGGAGGAGACCAUUCCCCUGCAGAGCCAGGUCGUCAGCAUCGAGGACAAGAUUGCUCUCGAGGAGAUGCAGACUAGUCUUAGCACAGUGCUCCAGGCCAUCAUCCAGCGUCUGGAGAAGGAGAUCUCUCCUCAGGGUGACCGCAUCAUGCAGGUGGCGCUGCAACUUCUUAGCAGCGUUGGCGGCAAGUCCAGCGUGCCCGAGGCCAUCUUCGCCACGAUCAGCGGUCUUGCGAAUGCCAUGGAGGAGGACUUUGCCAAGUACAUGGAGGCAUUCAGCCCUUUCCUGUACAACGCCCUCGGUAACCAAGAGGAGCCUAGCCUUUGCUCCAUGGCUAUUGGCCUUGUGAGCGACAUCACCCGCUCCAUGGGCGAGCGCAGCCAGCCUUACUGCGACAACUUCAUGAACUACUUGUUGAACAACCUCCGGAGCGCGUCGCUGGCGAACCAGUUCAAGCCUGCUAUUCUGCAGUGCUUCGGCGACAUCGCUGCCGCCAUCACUGGUCACUUUGAGACGUACUUGUCCGUUGUUGCGCAGGUGCUUCAGCAGGCAGCCACCGUCACUGCCUCCCCUGAUGGUUCGUAUGAGUUGUACGACUACGUCAUCUCGCUUCGUGAGGGAAUCAUGGAUGCCUGGAGCGGCAUUAUUGGUGCCAUGAAGGUCAGCGGAAAGACUCAAAUUCUCCAAGAGCACGUCCGCACCAUCUUUGAGCUCCUCAACCUCAUCUCCCAGGACAUGAACCGCAGUGAGGCGUUGAUGCGCUCCUCUAUGGGUGUCAUUGGUGAUCUCGCCGACGCCUUCCCCAACGGCGAGCUUGCCGAUGCCUUCAGGCAAGACUGGCUCAAUGCUCUCAUCAAGGAGACCAAGACCAACCGCGAGUUUGGUCCCCGGACGAUUGAAACCGCCCGUUGGGCGAGAGAGCAAGUCAAGCGCCAAGUCGGCGGCUCGACGUCAGUCAUGCAGUAG